AGUAAGUGAGAGAUCGCAUAUUAUAUUUAUUUCAUUUGUUCUAUAGCUUGUCUCGAUUUUACACAACGCGAAUAAAUGCCAAUAUUUUUAAACAAAGGUGAUUUAACAAGAAUAUUACUUUGUAAUUGUAAACAAAAUUUGAACUUUGAAUGUGUUUUAAAUAUUUUGAAUACAUUUUCAUUAAAACGUGAGCUUAUGCGGUGUAUAAUAAUUGAAUCGUGUAAGAAAUAAAUAAAUAAUCAGUGAAACCCAUUCAAAUUCCGACAAACAAAAGAACCUCUUGAUUCAGUGAUAAAAACUGAAUGGAAAUGGAAAGUAGCCUUCAACCAAAUAUUCCCAAUGGUGGCUGGGGAUGGAUUGUGGUUGCUGCUGUAGCAUUCAUCAAUAUGACAAAUCAAUCAAUUCCAUCCGUUUUUGGGCUUCUCUUUGGUGGCCAACUAUUGGAAAUGAAGCAAGACACAAAGACUGCAUCUUUGAUAACAAACCUCCAUAGUCUGACUUUGAAUUUAUCAGGACUUUUUAUUGGCCCGGCCAUAAAGAAUUAUUCACCACGCAUCGUUGCAACCAUAGGCUGCUUAUUCACAACUUCUGGACUGGUUUUCUCUGCGUUUUCCACACAGGUUUGGCAGUUUAUAUUUGGAUAUAGCUUCUUUUGUGGAGUUGGUCAAGGUUUAAUAGCACCAUCGACGUUUAUGGCAAUUAACUCGUAUUUUACCACCAAACGUGGUCGAGCUGUAGGAGUAUCGUUAGCUGGAUCAGGACUUGGUCAGAUGAUGAUUCCACAUCUUGUAAGGAUAUGCCUUGAUAAAUUUGGCUUUCGGGUAGCUGUUCUGGCUCUAGCUGGCUUUGCAUUUCAUGGACUUAUUGGAGCAGCAAUGUUCAGACCCCUGGUGAGUCCCCAAAAACUCAAGUUCAACAACCGGCGAGAUGUCAAAUUGCUCCUAGACAAUGACAAAUCUAUCAGUGAAAUAAAAAUUCUGAAGAAAAAUGAUUCCUCCGAGGAAGAUCUUAAACAAGAUUCGAAAACAAAGAAACUUUGCAAUAAAGUAUUUAAUCGUCUUGUGGAGGCGAUGGAUUUGGAACUGUUGAGGGAUCCCGUAUUCUGGAGUAUUAUAAUUGGUAUGGCGUUAGUUUACACCUCAACCACAAACUUCACAAUGCUGUUCCCCUAUUUUCUUCAAAACUCCAUUGGACUGACUCGAUCAGACACGGCUUUGUGUAUGUCAGUAGUUGCUGGAGCAGAUAUUUGCUGUCGUCUUCUGCUGCCAUUCAUCACUGACAAACUCCAAAUUCCCUACAGAACAAUUUUUCUGUUCGGAACAAUUGGCCUCCUGAUAAGUCGUGCUGCCUUAGCAGAGUCGACUUCAUUGACGACCAUCAUCAUAAUGUCAGCCUUUACUGGGAUGACAAAAUCCUCUACGGUGGUGAAUAACAACUUAACAGUAUCCAGUUAUUGUCGACCAGAAAAAUUAGCUGGAGGCUUAGGCCUAAGUAUGAUCACUAAGGGAGUUCUGGUUAUUACGGUGGGCCAACUUUUUGGCUGGGUUCGAGACCACACUGGAAGUUAUGUGACUUGUUUGCAUUCACAAAAUCUUGUUUUGGCAGUUGUGAUUGCCUUUUGGACACCAGAAAUUUUGUGUAGGUCAUUGAAAAAACAGCGAGAGACACUGGAAAGUGGUGUAGAAACUGGUGAACAGGACAAAUUGAGGCAGCAAAAUGUUUGUUGAAAUUAUUUUCUUUUUACAUAAGAGUGAUCGCCAAAAAUUGUAUUUGUUUUUGCCAAUUUACUUGUGAUAUUUAUUUGUAAUAGAAUUAAGUUUUUUCUAAGUUAUUUAGAUUAUAAGUUCAUAUUUUUGUUUGUAAUAUUUACAAACAAAAAGUAGCUUUAAGAUGUUUUUUAAGAAAAAAAGAAUUUAUUUUCUAAGAAAUAAAACGACUCAAUUAAUUUUAAUAAACUUUUGAAUGAGA